AUGUCGUUCGUCAUGCUGCGCAGUCUGUUGAUGCAAAUGGCUCAAUACUACGCUCGACUUUUGCAAGACAUGACCCGUACGCCAAUGCCAAAUCUUACUGGCAAGUACGAGGAAGCUGGGGCAAGUCACCUUUUGAUUUGGAAGCCACGACUCACUCUUAUCGAGCUUCAGUCAUGCGCGCAGGUGCUGCACAUCACGGUUCAAUCACUUAUUUUGCAUGCGUUCGCAUCACUUGUGGCCGAGUAUGUUGGCGAAGAGGAAGCAACGCUAGGUAUUGUGUUAAGCGGGCGUAUGGGUGACGCAAAGCACGCUACGGCACACGGACCCUGCAUAACGACUGUACCAUUUCGUUGGAAAGCGACGCACGAUGCACAAGGCGUGCAUCAACAGCUGACUGAGGCACUUCACCAUCAGUUUGUGCAUCUCACAGAUGUCGCACAUGCAAUUGGCAUGGACACGACGCUGUUUGAUGUAUUAUUCUCAUUUCUUCCUGCCUCUGAUGCAACUGCAACCUCAUUACCGCAUGGUGUGCGUGCAUGGGAAUCGUACAUGGCGACAGACUUUGUUUAUGCGCUGCAAGUCACGACAAAUGAGCGGAGUAACUCGAUUGUGUUUGAAUCGACGUAUGCGCCAGACCGUGUGCCAGCCGAGCAAGCAGGCUUGAUUCUCAGGCAGCUUGAAGAUCGUUUACGAACCAUUGUCAACGGAGUCGGAAUUGGCAAGGAUCGCGCUUUGGACAACGGUUGUCAUGCUAGCGAUCGUGCUUGCCUCUUGGCAUGUGUUCAUCCUGAGCCUUACGAACCGACUGAAGCAGAUGCAUUCCUGGCUAGGUUUGCGAAGCAUGUGAAGACCCAGCCAGAUGCUGAGGGCCCUAACGUUUGCUUCAAGUGUCCAACCACUUGUCGCCAAGACAUUGACGUACCAUCAAGUUGA